AUGGAAAAUAAUAACAAUAUAAAAGUUCCCAUAAGUUUAAGCGAAGUUAAAAUUGGCUCGUAUCUCGACGCUACUCAUCAGCAAGAGUUAUUGCGUCUUUCGAAUGAAUACAGAGAUAGCUUCGCACUAAAUAUUUCAGAACUCAGGUACACGGAGUUCAUAAAAAUGGACACUAAAGAAGAUAUAUUCGUUUACCAAACUCCAGUAAAGAAAAACAAUACAAAAAGUGCCGUUCGAAGUGUAGGAUAUGGUGAAUUAGAUUCAUUUGAAGUUGUUCGAGAGAAGAGGAAUGAAGCUGAAAAUCUGAUUAGACUGAAUUGCACUUCGGUGAAAAAUAGUCCUUAUGCUGCAAAUAGAAAUCGACACUGUGGCCAACUGUUCUCUAAACACCACUUCAUGCCAAGGCAAAGACAGAAUGACGAAAGUGAUGGUAGUCAGAGCCAAGAGAAUGUAGAUGAUAAGCAGCAACUACAACCUCAAAGGCCCGUACGAAGGCAAUUACGUCAUCCUUACUUCAGGCAAUAUUGUAGUUAUCUAUCCAUAGGACUUCCACGAAACGUUGGACGUGGUGGAAGUGAAGAUGGAACAAAAUGA